AAGUGAAAAGGGCAGUCACAAGGAGAAAGAUACCAAACCCAAACCUCUGAAUCUAGGAAUUCAUUCUACGUCUCUGGCAAAUAAGAGUCAGGAUUUUGGCUCUGCUUGUUAACGUCUUGUUCUUCACUAUUGCUUAAUAUCAGUAACUUAAGCAACAAAACUAUGUCAACACAAGAAGGACAAGCUAACAUCGGCAAAGUCCUCAGCUUUCUUCGGGAAUGGGACCGCGGUGACAUGAGGGUCCGCAACCGCAUCGCGAGCAGCUUUGUGACUCAAAACACAGGGAAGACGUUUUAUGAGCUGGAGCUAGAGUUUGCACAGGUCGCCAGUCUCUUCCUGGCUCGACUCACCACAUGGAUGCGGCUCACGUAUCCUUUCUAUAGCUAUGGCUUGGGAUACAUGUUUGGGACAUUCCUGGGACUUCAGCUGAAAGCAAUCGGGAUUUUCCUGUCUGCUUCUAGUCAUGAUCAGUACCUGAUGGAGUUCCUGGAGGAUGGAGGAGUUCUCACUCUGUUGGACAUUUUGAGCCAGUCUCAGAGCAGAGAGGAUGACAAGGCUGAAGCCCUCCGUCUUCUACUCACUGUCUCAAACGCAGGUCGCAAGUACAAAGAAAUUGUCUGUGAAAGUCAUGGUGUAAAAGUAAUAGCAGACUGCCUGGCUCUGUCAAACAGAGAUGAAACCAAAGAGGUAGCAUCAGUCCUCUUGGAGUCCCUGUCUCAAGGAAACCCCAAAUAUCAGUACCAAGUCUAUAAAUGUCUGAUUGCCGUCAUGACAUGUAGCUCACCUAAAUCCCAGCAGCUGGUCCUGCACACCUUACGCAUUGUACAGUUGAAACUGAAAACAGCUCAUCAUAGCAUCGUAGAGCCUCUGCUUAGCGCGCUCAGAUCCCUACACCUGGAGGUCCAGGAUGAAGCUAUUAAACUAAUCUUACACCUGAAGUGUUGUGAUGUGAAGUCUGCUCUGCUCACUGGGUUGGUGGCUCUACUGAGGCCUGGUAAAGAAGAAAUGCAGCAGCAUCAGAUCAGCAAAGAAGCUGAGCUGAUUGAGAUGACUGGAUCUCUCACUGCAUUUGUACAACAAGCUGCUGCAGCUAAAACUAUACGGCUGUUGGCUGAGGAAGAUCAAGAGCUGUCUCAUGAGCUUCUCUCUCUUGGAGUGGUCCAGCAUCUUCUGCACGCUAUGGGCAACAGAGAACACGCUGACGCCCAAAUACAAGCCAGUCUGGCCUUAGAGCACUUUGUCAUGUCUUCCCCAGCUGUUGAGGACCACGUGGAGAGAGUGAUGGGCGUUUCACUGUUUGCAGCGUUCAAGAACAAAGCUGAAACUGUUUACACAAAAAUGGAUGAAACAGAAGCAGAAAUGCUGUCAAACCAGGUUAACAUGCCACACGUUUUGAAUGGUAACGUGUUGGACGGAUGACCAGAAUAGAAAAUGGUUUCACAAAUGCAGAAAAAUAAAAUUAUGGGAAAAUUUUGUAUCAAUACAGUGUUUGUAUGUUCGUAGAAA